AUGGUCCGAUUCGUGACUGCCCUCCUGGCCCUGUCGGCUACGGCUUUGGCCACUACCACCUGCAGCUCCAGCAGCCAGUGUCCAGAGGACAAGCCCUGCUGUUCCCAAUAUGGUGAGUGCGGUACAGGCGCAUACUGCCUCGGCGGUUGCGACCCCCAGGCGUCCUUCUCCAUCGGUUCCUGCGCUCCGAUGCCCAUUUGUGAGAACAAGUCCUACACAUGGGAGAACCUGGACAACUCGAUCCUGAACACCAAGUACCUUGGCAAUGCGAGCGAGGCCGACUGGACCUACUCUGGUUUCCCCAAGAUUGAGGAUAACAACCUGGUCAUGACCAUGCCCAAGAACUCGGUCGGUACCCUGUUCGCCAACAACCACUACAUCUGGUACGGCAAGAUUUCCGGCCGUAUCAAGUCUAGCCGUGGCCAGGGUGUGGUGACUGCGUUCAUUCUGCUUUCCGAUGUGAAGGAUGAGAUCGACUACGAGUGGGUUGGCGCCGAUUUGACCGCUGUGCAGACCAAUUACUACUGGCAGGGUGUUCUCGACUGGCACAACAGCGCCAAUGCCUCCGUGACUGACGCCGAUACCUUUGACGACUGGCACACCUACGAGAUUGACUGGACCCCCGAUCAGGUCCAGUGGAUCGUCGACGGUGAUGUCAAGCGCACUCUGUUGAAGUCCGACACUUUCAACGAAACCGCCAACCGUUACCAAUUCCCCCAGACCCCUGCCCGCCUGCAGAUGUCACUUUGGCCCGCCGGCCAGGCGAGCAAUGCCCCGGGCACCAUCGCUUGGGCUGGCGGUGAGAUUGACUGGGACAGCCAGGACAUUCAAGAAAAGGGUUACUACUACGCCACUAUCGGUCAGGUCGACAUUACAUGCUAUUCGGCUCCUUCCGAUGCCGUUUCUGUCGGCAACAACUCCUACAUCUGGACCUCCGAGGCCGCCAUGGAGUCUAAUGUUGAGGUCACCAACAACUCCACUGUUCUGGGCUCCUUGGGUGCCACCGGUCUGGACAUGACCCUCGGUGCCAACAGCAGCAAUGCCACCUCCACCGCUUCCGACAGCGUCCCCACGAACAACAACGGUGCCCUUGGCGGUGCUGGUAACUCUACUGCUUCCUCCAGCAGUUCUUCCUCCAGCAACGACAGCUCCUCCAGCAGCGGCAGCGGCAGCGGCAGCGGCAGCAGCACCAGCACCAGCACCAGCUCCUCUGGCUUCAGCCAGGGCACCACCGCCAGCAAGGACAACAGCGCCCCCAACCAGAAUGAGCGAGUUCUGCGGGGCUCGCUCUUUGCCGUCUUGGUGGCUGUUGUGGUUUUGGUGACCCUGUAA